AUGACGGAUUUACCUUCAGGGCAAUGGUGUGGCGGGCGGUGGUCUGGGAUGAUCGUCGACCCCGUUAUCACCCGCGGCCGAUGUCUUGCCUCUGGCUCAGGGCGGCACUCCGUUGAGAAGAUCAUGCUCAACUAUGGUGCAAACCAGCGUAACAGUUCCUGCCAUGAUCCGCUCCCCGACCCUCUGCUGGAAGCCGACGAAGACGCUUUUCCCGAAUCAAGUUUGCAGGAACAGAUUGAUGAGAGCACGCAGCUCGUCAAUCCUCAUGCCGUUCUUGCGCACGCACGUGUAAGCAAAAAGAACGUUGCUGGUGCCCAGCUGUACCACGGCCAGCAGCUCGUCGCGGUCAAACGACGUCGCCAGGCCGCCCGGGACUUGGUUGUACGGGCCGGCCGCCGAGCGGCAGGCCCGGCAGCCAUGGUCGCUGUCAUGUGGCAGCACAUCGUGGAACUUGUGUGAGUUUGUACGAGCUUGUGCAGACGAAGAAUCCGCCGUUGGUUAGUACAAGGGAAUAUCUGGAGGGUUCAAAGUUAUUCCUUCCUUGUGUACUCGUCUGGUCGCGUGAUGCCCGCAGACGGGCGAACGAUGCUGGUCAGUGGUGCGUCAGUUGUGGAUGACCGCAGCAAUGAAAAUGCCGUUGGCAUGCGUAUUUUGGAGGAUCUUUCGAGCGCCAGGGUUCAUGGCUA